ACACAUAUUGUACAUUAUAUACAUACAUUACAUACGUCAUACGUCAAGUAGCGGUUGAUUUGAUUCGCGUUUCAUUGGUAAAUGCCUUUUACGUUAUCGAAAAUCGUAUAUUGAGCCUGAUAAAUGCCGUAUUUGAAUCAUUGCUGUACGAAUUAUCAUUCAGAAAUGUCUUUGAUUAACUUAUUGCUAUGCCGCGUCGUUUCUGGGGUAUAAGACGGUUGCUAAGGAUGCCGUUGGCGGAGGCGGGGGAUCAAUAUUCAAUAUGGGUUGGCCUUAUAUACGUGUUCAACCUGAUCGUGGGCACGGGCGCGCUGACGCUGCCGGCGGCGUUCGCGCGCGCCGGCUGGGGCCUCAGCACCAUCUCGCUCGUGUUCCUGGCGUUCAUGAGCUUCAUGAACGCCACCUACGUCAUCGAGACCAUGGCGUGCGCCAAUGCUGUGUACAAGUGGAAGUUGCUACAGUCUAUUAAGAGGGACAGUGUGCAAGACAAUGAAGGCCACGAUUCAGACGAACCGACAAACGACAUGGAGGAGCCGCUCGUGUGUGCUUCCGUGCCUUCGCGAUACUACUGCCUGGACCGGCGAGUCGAGCUCGGCGAGAUGGCCAACCUGUUCCUCACCCGCACCGGCAGAACGCUGUUCUAUUGCACGCUCUGCGUAUAUCUGUUUGGCGAUCUGUCUAUAUACUCGGCGGCUGUGGCGAAAUCGGUCAUGGAUGUUGUUUGCUCAUCCGUGCCCUCGAACCUGGCGAACACGUCCGACUGGGACGCGCUGCCGUGUUUCAACAGCACCAGCCCCGAACCGUACACCCGGGUCGCCUGCUACAGAACCGCUCUGCUCUCCUUCACUGCCGCCAUUGGACCGUUCGUCUUCUUCAACGUGCAGAAGACAAAGUAUCUGCAGCUGUUUACCACUGGCAUGAGGUGGUUAGCUUUCACCAUAAUGAUAUCGUUCGCGAUCCACCUGCUGCUGCACUCGGGCGCGCAGGGCCAUCCGCCAGCCUUCGACUUCAGCGGCAUGCCGACGCUCUUCGGCGCCUGCGUCUACUCCUUCAUGUGCCACCACUCCCUGCCCGGCCUCAUCUCUCCCAUCAGAGGCAAACGACGCCUGGGCUUGCACAUAGCUCUAGACUACGCUCUUAUAAGCGCCUUCUAUCUACUCCUAGCCUUCACUGGAGCCUUCGCGUUCGCACAUUUAAACGACCUUUACACGUUAAACUUCAUACCCACAGACGACGACAAUUUAUUCGUUAAAAUCAUUGAAUAUUUUUUAGCUUUAUUCCCAGUGUUUACAUUGUCUACCAGUUAUCCAAUAAUAGCUAUUACUUUAAGGAAUAACUUGCAAAGUCUGUUUCUUGAUAUGACUCGUUUGGAGUCCUAUAAUUUUGUUUUACGUAAAUUGUUGUUUCCUAUAGUAGCAGUCGCGCCGCCUCUAGUAGUUACAUACUUCUUAGAAGAUAUAGGUAUACUUAUUGAGUUUACAGGGUCGUAUGCGGGUACUGGUAUUCAGUAUUUGAUACCCACGUUUUUAGUUUUGUCCGCGCGGCGGCAUUGCACUAAUUUAUUAGGUUUAGGGGUCGCGAAUCAGUACAAAAGCCCAUUUUCAAAUAAAGCUUGGGCAUUAUUUGUGUUGGUGUGGGCUGUCGUUUGCGUAAUAUUGGUAACAGUAAACAUUGUCGAAAAGAAUUCAUGACCGUAGGUUUCUACAUAUGACGCUGGCUGAUAUACAUUUUUUUUAACCUAUGUAUGGCGUUUGGCAUCAGCGUCGAGUGUGCGUUUCGUGGCCGAGUCAUUACGUUAUAUCGCAGCUACUCCGUCGUUUAACAUCCAUUCGUCUAUAGCACCUUGAAAUAAUUGUAUUAAAAGAUGUAUUAUUAAAUUGUUAGUCGGCUAGACUAGGGACAAUUGUCCCACGACACGUGUCGCCAGCGACGUCGGGUGAACUGCCGCGACGUUGCCGGACUUCGCUCGAUAUGCCGGGCGACAUUGCGCGCCUUUAUGAUGUCGCCCGACACGUGUCGUGGGACACUAGUUCCUAGUCUAGCCGUGGCUAUAUUGUCAAAGCGCAAAGAUAGUAAUCGUGUGACGUAAGACUCAGUAAUUAAAAAUAAAUAAUAAGUACAAUAAUUUAUUUAGCUUUAUCUACCUACUUGUCUUUCUUUUCAUAAUUUUGUAAUUAUCUGAGCUUGCUAUUUAAGGCUUACUACAUUAAAUUUGGUGUUUUUAAUGAUUGCAUGUAUCUGAGCUGCAUGCAUGCUUGAAGUCUUCCAACUGAAUGUCUUCAUGUGUUUAUUUUUACCCGACUAAGAAAAAAAAUUGAGGGUAAUAUUUAUAUUAUUCAAUGAAUACUGCCAAAGUUGACAUGUAACUAAGAUUCUA